UAUCCAAACACAACAGCGCGUGACAGGUUGUCAGAUUCGUAACAGUGAAGUCAAGAAUGUAGCGUUGUAAACUGUCGAAAUGUCGUAAAACAUGACAAACUACAUUUCAAGAAGACAAAAAACAUAUGGAAGACGUAUUGUCACCCUAAACUAACAGCGUAGUGAGGAUGACGAGGGGAAAGUGGCAGGACAGAGUGAAGGCGGUGGAGCAGAGGGCUCUAUCCUACCAAUCCGCCCCCAUCAGCUGCCCGUAUAAAGCUCGUCUGUCCCGGCCGUGGCAGCCGUCCUCCGUAUGGAGGCUGUUCCCUCGCCAGAGCGACGCCAUCGCCUUCAGCCAGCGCUGCAAACAGCACAUGCACGUGUUUGCUCUGGAGAAAGAGAGCACAGACGCAGGACACAGGGUUUAUUUAGUGACCAGCUACAGUGAGCUCUGGCACUACUACAGUUCACACAGACAGUCACUGAUGCACUGCUAUGAGGUGAUUCCGGAGGGAGCCGUCUGCAAGCUCUACUUCGACCUGGAGUUUGACGUAGCCUCUAACACACACCUGGAUGGCAUAAAGAUGGUGGCGUCGCUGAUUCAGUAUGUGUGUGUGAAGUUGGAGGAGACGUACAGUCUGCAGUGCUCGGCAAAAGACGUGCUGAAUCUGGACUCCAGCACAGCCGAGAAGUUCAGCCGCCAUCUCAUCUUCCUGCUCCCCGACUGUGCGUUCAAGGACAACAAGCAUGUCGGUAGUCUCAUCCAUCACAUACUCAAACCAGCGCUGAAAUAUCUCCAUAAAGGCGCUGAGAACCCUCCAGAAGACGUCGAUGAUGUCAGCGAGGGGCCUCAGUCGAAGAGAAUGAAGCGUGAUGAAGAUGAGGAAGACCUGGGCUUUUUGAUAGUGAAGGGAAAGGAUGGGAAAAAGCAGCUGUUUGUGGAUCUCGCAUCUACAAUAACGGAGGACGAUCUAAACACCGUGUAUUACGCAGGUGUGUACACCAAAAACCGAAACUUCCGCCUGUACAAGUCUUCCAAGCUGGGGAAGAACGCUGCGUUCUCCGUAGCUGAGGAUAACAAGUUUGUCCCGAGUUCCAACAAGCACACUACAGAGGAGGAACGCAUUUUCCUAGCCUCUUUGGUCACCAAUGUGAGCUUCACGUCUCAGAGGAUUCUGACGUUUGAUGCUCCGGAGAGGACUUCGAACGAAUCUGGGUGUUCGGCUCGACACAGAGGCCCACACAGCUCAGAGCUUGCAGGUGAACAUCAGGCCUCGCCGUACAAGGAACUGGACGACUUUGUGCUGAAGCUGGCGCUCAGGGAUGGCAUUCAAGGAAACAUUAGGCGCUGGACCUACUUCGUAUCGGAGCAGCUGCUGGUCUACGACGUUGGGAAGUACCGCUGGUGUUCUAACGUGGGUCGCUUCCACAAGAGCAACAACAUCAUGAUCAUCGUGGAUCUGAAAGAAGAGGUGUGGUACCAGAGGUGCCAUGAUCCUGAGUGCAGGAGACAGAACUACAGAUCCUCUAGUUACCCGCUACCACAGGAGGUGUGUAUGAGCUACAUGCUGAAGGAGGACGAGGACGAUCAGCAGUUCCUCAUGGACGAGCUGGGAAACAUCGAGUUGAGUCCGAGCUGCGUCCCUGCACGCGCUUCAGGAGAGGGCGAGGAAACGGACCGAUCCGCUUCACACCCCCAGACGGAGAACACGCAGGAGUGCUGGGAUGACGAUGCUUCGUGCCUGGAGGCGCUGGAUGAAGUGGAGAGGAGCAUGGAGGAAAAAGAGGAGAUUCCUGAUGAGCUCAUGAUCCAGGCGGUGAGCGAGUGCGAGGCUACACUCGUCUGACUGGGCAACUGAAACGCAGAAUGGAGAAAAUGGAUAAACGUUAUAUAAAUGUUUCUGUUUUUUUUUGGUUGCAUGAUAUCUAUCGUUUUGGAAGAAGACUGUGAGAGUGUGUGUUGGAGUGAGUGGAAUUAAUUAACACUUUAUAAUCCACUGGGAUUAUGGGAAGUAUUUUAUCUACAGUGUUUAUAAGCAGGAGUUCCUGGUGUACAAGGGGGCUAAAUAAAAUUAAAUAAAUUUUAUUUAUUUAUUCAUAAUUGGUGUAAUUGAUGUUAAUAUAUAGAAAAAAGUCAACUUGAUUAUUUUCCUCCCAUUACAGCACGGCCCUGAGUUUUUUUUCUGUGCAGAUCUUUAAUUUUGUUAUUUAAAUCGAUACCUACUGUAUAAUUCAUGUUCUGUGUGUUUUAAUAAAAUUAAAAGUAAUUAUUUUUUUCCCAUAAAUACGCAUAAUCCAUUAGUUGUCAGAAGAUGUGGUUAAUAUCACUAUAUUAUUCAUACACUUAUUGUUCAUGCUGUAUUACUGUAUGUAUAUGAAAUAUUCUAAUACAUGAGUUUUUUUUUUUUCAUCAGACACCCUUGAUGUUUGUUUCCCUCUUUUUCAUGGUGGAAAGAAUUUAGUGUGAAUUAUAAACUAGAAAGUGACAGAUAGACUGCAGUCAGACUAAUUCAUUAAAGCAGAAAAUGAUUUUUUGACUUUAAAACAAUGAUUUUUAGGUUCGAAAUAAAGAAAAAAGACACAUAGACUGCUUAAAAUGUUUAAUUUCUGCACAUCUUCAUUAUCAAUUUAAAUAUUCCGGCUGUUCAUGACUGCGCUAUAACUUAUUAAAAUACUUUCACCUUUUCAUGUUUUAUAUUUUAAACUAUACAGCAGCAAAUACUGGGAAAAAAUAACUCAAGCUAACCUAAACUUUUCUGGAAUAAUGUAAAUACUAAUUAUAGAGAUGUGCAUUUUUUUUUCUUUUUUAUUUGUUUAUUCUUGCUUUAACAUCAUACUUA